GGAGACGCACAAGGUGAACUAUUUACCACGACAACCGGCGACGCAACAACAUACCGGACGCGACUGCGCGAGACUCACGGAUAUAUCGCGCACGGCCAAAGAUUCUGAGGGCGAGAUUCAAAGCGCUGGACGAUAGACGUGCAGCGCAUCCACCCCACUCGCGCAUUCCGUCGCGCAUUCACGACGCCUGGCUCGACGUUGGACGCAACAACGCAAAACACCGCGCUCGCCCACAGCGCGAAGACACCGCACCUUUGAUCAAAGAACGCCAACACCGACGCCCUCCAGUCGCACGCUUGCGCACCCCACAACACACAAUGGACCCCGAGCACCGCAAAAUCGAGCUCCAAUCCCCCGCCGAUCUGUCCCACCUCACAACGCAACUCCGCACCCUCGCCCGCCAAAAGCUCGACCUUCACCUCCCCCCUCAGCCCGACACUUCGACCCCGGACGACCUCCGCGCACAGGUCGAAGGCCUGGUGGAUGCCUUCGUGGCCCAGCUGCUCGCCGGCAUGCGCCAGAACAUCAGCAUCAACGGCGUGGACGUCAUUCCGCGCGGCGCGGUCGAUGAGAAUGGCGAGAUGGUUGGGGUGGUGGAGGACGAGGGGGAGGUUGUGAUCGAGGAGUUUGAGGCGUUUGAUGAGAAGCUGAGGAAAAGGGUGGGUGCGGCGGUAGAGAAGAGAGACAGACUGGUUGAAGCGAUUAGUAAGCAUAGGAGGGAGACGGGGAGGGCGGCGGCGAGGCGGUGGGAGGAGGAGUGGGUGAGGAGUGGGGAGGGGUUGGUUGCGCCCGUAGUACAAGGGGAGCAGGAUGUGGAUGUUGGGGGUGUGGAGGCGUUGAAGAGGCAGGAGGAGGUGGAGAGGGCGUGGGGAAGGGCCGUGGAGGGAUUGGGGAGGUUAAAUGGGGGGUUGCCUGAGACGAGGGCGAGGCUGGAAAGGGCAGGGGAGGUGGUGGGGUAUCUUGGCGGGAAGAGGGAGGGUUGA